UAAUAAUGAGGUAAAUCAUUUCAAAUUUAUGAACUAAAGGUACCAAUAUCGUUGCUGAAAGAACGGUGAAUCAACAUGAACGAAUACGACAGUGAAAGGCGUCUAGCCUAUCUAUAUCCCCUUAUCGGUGCGUUAUCAUUUAUCUGCUGCAUAUCAACGGCCGUAGCAUGGCAUCAUUGGCAGUACGUGCUCGACACUUGUGUUGAAACCAACUGUGGGUGCAUUCUGAAUGGGCUGUCGACUCCAACAUUCUUCACGGGUGGCCAUAUCGCCUACUGUCAUUGGGCUACCUAUGGGCUGGUUUUACCCAUCAUCUUUUGCUUCAUAUUCGGCAUCUUCCAUGUAUUUCGAGUAUGUUGCGGAAAACCGAGAGGACAUACAACAGCAACAGUCCGGCAAAUAUCUGGUGAAGUGUUAGUUAUGGCCACCAAGACGGAUGUAACGGACGAUGACGACAUCAGCCCGUACUACUGGAUCCCCGUAAGCAUCAUCGGCAGCUUCAUGGCGUUAUUUACACUGGUCCAUGCCGCUAUGUACCUGGAUGGUUUCCUCUACAGUUGUAAGCAGUACCGCAAUGAACUGAUCAAAUACAUGCACGCCAGUGGUUCUUUGGUAGCUGCCAUCCAGGGAAGACUGUCCUGUGCAUCGGUAUUCGAUUUUAUGGAUUAUCUUCAUCAGGACGUGUCAUGGGACCGGCGCCGCGAGGGAAAAAUCAAUACGUCGGCAGCACUUAUCAUUGGCAUCAUUUGUUCAUGGACGUGCAUUGCGCUUUGGAUUUGGACCGUUGUCAUUGCGGUCCAACGUGCCAGGGCAAGUCGUCGCGUCCGGGUUUAAAAUAAGUUCCAAUCAUAUCGGAACAGUGACCUCGUCCAAUCAUCUACCUGCUCAGCAUGUUGCUUGAAAUGCAUACAUAUCAGUAAAAUAGAAAUGUCAAAGAUUCUUUGCAUUUUGCUAGCACAUUUUGUACACAGGUUUGAAAGCCACUGCAUCAGAAACGCAUAAAAAAAUGCGUUUAUAUAGAUGAAUACAACAUGUUGAAGAUAGGCCAAAAUAAAAUUACCCUCUCGCCGAUAGCCGCCUAAUUCUGAAAUCUGCAUUAUUUUGAUAACGCAUAUUCGCACAAAGGGGGCAUAUUUUUUAUUGACCUACAAGUUUGCCAUUUCUGAAGUAAUUGACAGUGCAAAACAGAGAAUGACAUCUCAAAAAACAUUCACACCUAUUUAAACAAAUUGAAUGAUUUAUUAUGACAGGGAAAACGUGCCUUCAAAUAUUUUAAUGCGCAGAUAUAUUUACAUCAUCGAAGCUUAUUAAAUUUUUUCUCACGCUUAUGCC